AUGGGAGACAGUAAAAGCGGAUGGGCUUGGAUAAAUUCGCUCUUAGGAAGAAAGCAUAAGAAUGCAAAUAUUAAUGAACUGAAAGUAAAUGAUGAUAUUAUUUCUGAUGAUAAAUCUAUUACUGAAACAUUAAAUGAAUAUUUUAUAAAUAUUGGAAUGAAGAUGGCUGCUGAAUCAGCAUGUCAAAGCACUGAUGCUUUAAAUGAUCAAGUAAUUUAUGAAAGUACUGUGCUUCUUCCUACAGAAAAUUUUCACUUCGCAGAUAUUACUAUAGAUAGUGUUUCCAAACGCCUACAAAAACUAAAUGUCUCAAAAGCGACAGGUAUGGAUGGAAUACCUGCGAAUAUUUUAAAACUGACAUCAACCCUUAUUGCUCCAUCUAUUACUUUUAUAUUUAACCUAUCGAUUAGAACUGGUAUUUAUAUAGAUGAGUGGAAAUUAGCUAGAGUUAUACCAAUUUACAAAUCUGAGGAUAAGCGUAAAUGCGAAAAUUAUAGACCAAUUUCAAUUCUUCCCAUAAUAAGUAAAAUAUUUGAAGGGGAAGUUUUUACUCCAAAUAUAUAGCUUUUUGAAUAAACAUGCGCUUCUGUCUAAAUUUCAAUCCGGGUUUAGACCAAAACAUGGAACCUUAGGUGCUCUUAUACAAAUGUGUGAUCAAUGGCUACAAGACAUGGAUGAAGGCAAAAUAAAUGGAGUUGUUUUCCUUGAUAUAUGUAAAGCAUUUGACUCGGUGAAUCACGAGAUAUUAUUGGAGAAGCUUAAAACCCAGUUUGGAAUUCACGACAUUGAAUUAAAAUGGUUCCAAUCAUACUUAAGGAAUAGAAAGCAAGUGUGUUCUGUUAAUGAUCAAACUUCUUCUACAAGAACAAUAA